AUGUCAAAAGGAAAAGUUUUAUUAGUAUUAUUCAAAGGUGGUCAACAUGCUAUCGAACAAAAGAAGUUAUUAGGAUGUGUUGAAAAUGAAUUGGGUAUUAGAAAGUAUAUUGAAAGUAAAGGGUAUGAAUUAGUUACUACCAUCGAUAAAGAUGGUCCAAAUUCAGUUGUAGAAAAGGAAAUUGAAGAUGCUGAAAUUGUUAUCACUACACCUUUCUAUCCUGCUUAUAUUAGUAAAGAAAGAAUCGCCAAAGCUAAGAAUUUGAAGUUAUGUGUUACUGCUGGUGUUGGAUCUGAUCAUGUUGAUUUAAAUGCUGCUAAUGAGAAGAAAAUUACUGUUGCUGAAGUUACUGGUUCUAAUGUGGUAUCAGUUGCUGAACAUGCUAUGAUGACUAUCUUGAAUCUUGUCAGAAACUUCCCUUCAGCUCAUGAAUUAGCUUUAAAAGGUAAUUGGGAUAUUGCUGCUGCUGCAAGAGAUGAAUAUGAUUUAGAAAAUAAAGUCGUUGGUACUGUUGGUGCUGGUAGAAUUGGUUUUAGAAUUUUGGAAAGAUUAGUUGCAUUCAAUCCAAAGAAACUUUACUAUUAUGAUUACCAAGAAUUACCAAAAGAAGCUGUUGAAAAAAUCAAUGCUGCUUCAAGAUUAUUGAAUGGUAAGGAUCUCGUUUUAGAGAGAGUUGAAAAAUUAGAGAAUAUGGUUAGUAAAUGUGAUGUUGUUACCAUUAAUUGUCCAUUACAUGAAAAUACCAUUGGCUUGUUUGAUAAGAAAUUGAUUUCUCAUAUGAAAGAUGGUUCAUGGUUAGUUAAUACUGCUAGAGGAGCCAUUUGUAAUGCUAAAGAUGUCAAUGAUGCAGUUAAGUCGGGUAAAUUAUUAGGUUACGGUGGUGAUGUUUGGUAUCCUCAACCACCAGGACCUGAUCAUCCAUGGUUAGAUUUAACUAGACCAAAUGGAUUCUCCGGUAAUGCCAUGACUCAACAUAUUAGUGGUGCUUCUAUUGAUUCCGAAAUUAGAUAUAGUGAAGGUACCAAAGACAUUUUAGAAAGUUAUUUCUCCAAGAAAUUUGAUUAUAGACCUCAAGAUUUGAUUGUCUAUGAUGGUGAUUAUGCUACCAGAUCUUAUGGGGAAAGAAAAUAG